GCGAGGGGUGGUGCGGGGUCGCCAUGGCGAGCAAUGCCGCCAGCCUCAACGCCGUGCGGGAGACGAUGGACGUUCUUUUUGAGAUUUCAAGAAUAUUAAACACUGGCCUGGAUAUGGAGACAUUGUCUAUUUGUGUGCGGCUUUGUGAGCAGGGGAUAAAUCCAGAAGCAUUGUCAUCUGUUAUUAAAGAACUGCGUAAGGCUACAGAAGCUCUAAAGGCUGCUGAAAAUAUGACGAGCUGACAUGGGAGACAAUUUCUGCAUGAGAAGAAUGCCAAGUUAAAGUUAACAGAGACUGUGAAGAUUGCUACUCUUAAAAAAAAAAAAAAGCAAAAUAAGUGUGUACAAAGGUUUCAGAAUAUUUCUGUAAUCUUAUUGAAAAGGAUGAGGUGCAGAACAGCUGUGAAAAGUUUGUUUACGAAGAUUAGUUCACCAAUAAUCACAUUACUUGGUAUUUUUUGUGAAUUUGCUCUUCUUUGACAACCAGUAUUUUUUAAACUGUCUCAGAUGCUGCGUACUUGCUAAAUUUACUAGUGUGUAGCAAUGAAUAUUGUUAUGAGUGCAGCUUGUUAAUUCAUCCUUUGGAACUGUUCAUAUAUUCUGGUUUUUAUCUCUUGCUCUGAAAAAUUGCAUAUACAAUUUUAGUUUUGCUUCAUGCACCAGAUAGGAAUGAAGCCCCUCCUGACUUUAUCUUAAUUAGAGUAAGGGUUGUGACUGAAGUCUCACCCUGCAAGUAAGAAAUAAAGCACUUUUGAUAACAUAGGCAAUGAAUUGUCCUUUUGAUUCAGCAUGCUGGAAAAAGUAUGUUUAACUUGGAUAACAGAAGGACUUCAGCUGUUUGUGCAGAAAUGUAUGUAAAUUUAGAUUCUAGAUUAUGUGGAAUAUUUUAUAUAGUUCAGAUGCUACAUUUGUUGCAAUUUUUUAUGACUACUAGUUAUGAGGAGCAUUGGAUUUUGUUGGUGGGAAUCCAUGGCUUUUCAAAAGUAAUUUGGUAUAGGAAUGUCCCAUUCAGCACUAGGAAUCUUCACUGAUGCCAAAACAAAUGUUUAUUGUAUAAACAGUAAACUCUAUCAUGGUACUUUCCAGUAAAUAUCCUUAACAUCCAGGAAUUCUAUUUCCUAAGAAAAUGUUUUUUUGUGUAUUCCUCAUUUGCCACUGUUUAAGCUUUUUCAGUUUUUUUGUUAGCAUGGUUUCAAGGUAUAGUGUUACUGGGACUUAAACUAACCUCCAAGGUUAAAGAAGUGGAGCACAUUUGGAAAUUUUGCUUAAUUUGGAAUCUUGCUUAAGCCAAAUUGUAUUUGUGCAGUGAGAAAAAGUUCUUUCUGUUGCGAGUUUACCUCAUAUGCUCUCUAGGUCAUAGCUCUACAACAAGUGAUCAAGGAUGCUGAAUAGUUGCUGGUGGAGACUAGAAAUAAUAUACUGAAUCACUUUCCCUUAUUUCUAGUUAGCCUGUCCAAAAAAAAUCAUUGCAGGAGGAUACUUUGAACUUCUGGAUAACCAUGCUGGGGACUUUUAAAUGGUAUCAGUUUACUUGCUCAUAUAAACAGUUAAAAUCCUUUGUAAAUUGGUGUUGUAACUUCAAGUUUAUAGCUUUUGCAUUCUGUGUGUAAUGCUUUUUGAAAACAUUAAGGUAUCCCUAGUAUGAAAUACAAAUAUGAAUAGAUACCAACUAUUAAAUUUAUUUUGGGAAAUCCGAAGUCAUUUAAGCAUCAUGAAAACACCAGGUUAGGUCAACAAAUAAGCAAUUUGCUCUUUUACUUAAUUUUAUUUGGACUCUGAUACAUCUCAAAAAUGAGACAAUUGGGUAGCGUUCUUGUUUUCAGGAGCCACAUCUGAGUUUGUGAGUUCUGACUUGUGAAACACUAAACUCUGAAUGCUUUAUGUAAACUGUAGCAAAUUUGCCCAAAAUAUGAAAUCCUAUUAGAAUGCAUGUUUCUGCAGGUGCUUUUUUUUCCCUCUGUUACCCGAUCUUUGCACAAUCCAGGAAUUCUGAAGACUUCUCUUGAAUGUCAAUACUGUGCAGUUAUGUAUUUCUAACUUGUUAGUGUUAUUUUAGUUUUGGUUCUGUGUCCUAGAAAUGCUUAAAAACCACUUACAAAUGCAAUAUGAGAGCAAUUUCUAUGUAAUUCUUUAUUUGAGUGAGCUGCACCAGCAUUUUACCAUCAAUAAAUUUACUGGUUUUAUACACUUGGACA